UAAAAGUCUAUUCGUGAGAAAAAAAAUGACUGAACGUGUUUACAAAUCUAUACGACCGCUUAUUUUACGUAAAUAUUUUUGGGGUAAAUUCAUUCGUAGUCUAGAAAGUAUACCAACGUCCUGAUAGUGAAUAAUUAUACUUAGUUUACUGAGAGGUAGAAAAAGAAAUGCCGCGAAAAAAGAGAAAUAAUAAGAGAGGGGGUGCAAGUCGUGGAGGUAGUGAAGCAAAUGAAGAAGACGUUGAGAACGAUUCUGGAAGCGUGACCAGCAGCCAUGUAUCAGAUCCAGGAAGCAUUGUAGAUGAUGGUAUCAUCGUUGGUAAUGAUGGGGUGGAUGAGUCCAUGGCCCAAGAGGAUUUUGAGGAAAAACUGAAAGAGGCCAUAGAUGGUACCACACAAAAGAGUGCACAGGGACGGCAGAAGUGCUUGGCGGCCGUACAGGCUGGACUUUCUAAGAAAUACCUCCAAGACUUUGUUGAUGGGAGAAAGGUUACCAUCUUAGAUUGUGUAGAGAGAUGCAUCAAGAAAGGUAAGGGAGAAGAACAGGCAUUAGCAGCAAAUGUAGCCGGUCUAGUAUUCUUGAGUCUAGGUGGAGGCCUUGAGUGCCAAGAUUUGUUUAGUAAGUUGAAGGUGCUGUUACAAACCACUCUUGCUGAUAAGAAUGCCUCACCGAAGGCUCGAGCUGCUUGUGCCACCGCCUUGGGCUUAUGCAGUUUCAUUGCUGCUGGCGAUAUGCAGGUUGUGAUAGAAUGUAUGGAUAAUUUGUCGCAGGUGUUUAGUGCUUCCUUUCUUAAGGGUGACGGUUCAGUUCCCUCACAUAGUCCAGGUAUUCACGCUUUACAUUGUGCCGCAUUGUCCGCAUGGACUUUACUACUAUCCAUCGCUCCGCAAGUUUAUAUAGAACGCAUCACCUACACACAUUUUUAUAGGCUUCCAGAACUACUUCAGAGUGAGGAUGUAAAUGUACGCAUUGUAGCAGGCGAAGCAAUCGCGCUAUUCUACGAACUUCACAGAGAAAUUGAUGAGGACUUUGUAGGAGAGAAUUUACAAGAGCUUUUAGCCUUGUUGAAAGAACUAGCCACAGAUAGUAACAAAUUCAGAGCCAAGAAGGACAGGAGAACCCAGAGAUCUAGCUUUAGAGACAUCAUCCGAACAAUAGAGGAAUACGAAGCGCCUUUUGAACAGGUAAAGUUUGGUACCGAGUUCAUCGAAAUCGACAGUUGGUCACGGAGACGUCAAUAUGGAGUCUUCCGUGAGGCAUUAAGUUCUGGUAUCAACACGCAUUUACGAGAAAAUGAAUUAGUGCGGGACAUUUUUGAUCUUGGUGCUCCUGUUCUUCCUCUACCUCAUUCUAAUAGAGGUAGCAAGUUUGAAAGGACUAAAUACAAUGCAGCAGCAUUCAAAGCAAGAACUAAGGUUAGAAGCAAACAGCGUGAUAAGCGAAUUGCUGUAUACUAAUGAUGUAGCAGUACCAUGAAGCAUGUUUUCCACUUGUCUGCAAGUUUCGUAGUAUGCGGCACACACUCACCUCAUUUAUUUAACCAGAUGGCGUAUGGUGCUAACCGCAUUGUAUCUUUAGCUGAAAAACAAACUUUUACUAAGAAAAUUUGUUUAAACAAGAACUUCCAGAGAUGACUUCUUUAAACUUGGGACCCCUGUAUGUGACAAAUAUGUGACAUGUCAUUUUGCCCAUAUAUGGGCAUGAUGUCAUAUCACACCCAUAUUUGGGAAAAUGUAAUGAGUGUGCACUGAGGCAUUAAGAACCUUGUAGCCUCUGGUUAAAUGUCAUGCUGCUACUAUUGUGUUUCAGUUAAAAGCUAUAAAUGCAAGUUACAGAGUACAUCCAGUACAUCAUCUUCCAGAGGAGAUGGCUAAUUGGUUUGUCACACAUGCAUCAAUGCCUUAUGUGCACCUUAAAAAUAUUUGGUACAUUUUGACAAUAAAACAAAUUGUAUACUCAGUUUAAAAUGUCAUUUAAUCUUUUCCAGUGGAAAACAUGCUUUUAUAAUGUGCAAUUAUUCGUCUGUUAUAUUUGUGUAGGUUGGCAUAUACUUGCCCUGGGCCGUAUACUGCCAGUAAGCUCUUAAGCUCUAUCCACACUAUCAAAUUUUCUUUGACAAAAAAAUGUGACAAGCCCAUAUAUAGUAAUGCUAUGCCUACAUAUGGUCAUGCUGUGAUGUCAUCAUGCCCAUAUAUGGGCAUAUCACACUUUUUUUUGUCACAAAAUUUGAUAGUGUAGACAGAGCUUUAACUCUUUUGCUGUGUUCUAAUUUGAAUGUGGGCAGCCAUUUUUUAAAAAUAGAGAGCAGUGGGUAGGCUAGAGCCUAGUAUAUUGUAGAACUUAAAGAGACAGUCCUAUAAUUUUUAGUGUCAAAAUAUCGACUUAGUUUUUGCAAACUCAGUAAGGAACCAGACCAGUAAUAAUGAUAUAUAAAAUAUAAAGUUAUGCCAUUGAAUCUCUUUACAGUUGUCAUUAUCUGGCAUGAUACUAGCCAAACAUUGGGUGCUAAUAUAAUGCCUUGUAAUACCUCACCGCCAGUGAAAGAGUAAUUAAUGGUAUAAUUAAUAUUAGUAGAACUUAAUUUAAAUGGUCACAUGCUAUCUUCAGACAACCAAAGACUCGCAAAAUUAAGGACAAAUAUAAAAAACAUAUAUAUUUCCUGUCUGUAGUUUUUCUAAAACUUUAUGUGGGAGGCAGUUAUUCAUUUGGUAACCCCGGACAUUUUGUAACUAAAAAAUUUGAAACGUCUGAGUUACAAAAUGUCCGUGGCAGUGUUACAAAAAGUUGACAUCCUUUUGGGUAGAUCGGCUUGCAAUGAGCUUGCUAAACUGUGGCAUUCCAUGCUUAGUAAAUCUCUCAUUGAGUGUUUUUUAAUGACAUGUUCUUAUAUGUUCUCACCCACCAAUAUUUUCUCAUGCUUACUCGUUUCUUAUCAGCUCCCAGUGCUGAGUCUGUUUAAAAGUAACAAAAAAAUAUUGACAUCUGGCCAGUAAUGGACCUUUCUAAAUUGUCACUUAACAAUGGAACUCAAACUACUUAAACUUCACAACAGGGAAGUCAGGACAGAGCCAACAAUGUGUACGCUUCUCACAACCAGGCAUAUCCCACAAACGCCCAUGUUCACGUACAUUAACAUCAUUUUUGACACCAUUGCAACAAUGUACAAGUGGCGAGAGGUCCAUUGAUGCAGACAGAACGCAAAUGAUUAGUUUUUUGGCCUUAAGACUAAUGUACAAUGAUUUUUGAUACUGGAUUGUAGAUUGUGUACAACGUUUUAUCUGAGAACAUAUUCUAUAGAUUUGCUAAUGAUAAUUACACAGUGAAUGUAUUACAGCACCAGUAUUUUAUAGAAUUGUAAACCAUGAGAAAUAUUAUAUUAAUAUAACAAGCACGGUUUAGAACCAGUUCAGGUAUACAGAAAAGAAAUAUUUUUAUUGAUGGGUAUUUUAAAAUGAUACAUCCGAUGAUAUUGUUAUUAUAUGAUUCUUUAUCUAUACAUAAAUUUAAAGUACAGUAAUUGAUAUGGAUGUCAUUGUAAGUUAAGCUUUUGGCUAUGUGUCUUGAAAUGAAAGCCUACAGGCUGUUUUCCACUUGACGAAUUUAUUCGCACAAAUCGUAAGCUUUGGUUCAUGCGCAGCACUUUCACAUUUCUAUCAUUUUUUUGCGUCGGUUCAAACUGUUUAAAAAAGCUUUAAAAAAAUGGGCAACGAAUCAGAGCUCAGGAAGCGAACCGAUGAUGUUGAUUCGCACGAAUAUAUUCGCCUAGUGGAAAACAAGCUUAGAGUGGUUUAAAGGAAACAGCGUUUAUGGAGCAUUAUGGGCCUGAUUAAAGACAGAACAGUAUGUAGGAGGAGACUGCAUAAUGGCCCAUAUUUUUGACAGCUAUUUGUAGUGUGAUUCAACAAGACAUUUUGUCCCAUCAUCUAAGCACAGAUUAUGUUGGAUAGUAUACAAAUACAAUAUGGUUUGAGAUGAAGUAGUAAAUUCUGAAUAUCGACGAGUAUUUUUACUAAAUAUAAUACUGUACUGUAAAUCCUUGAAAUGGCGCUGCUCUCAAAUAAGCGCUGCACCAAACAUGAUUUCUUUUUUGCUAAGUGUCGUUCUCAAAUAAGCGCCUCACUGAAGCCUACAAAAGUGUUGUAAGCGCCACAGCGUGUAUUCAAGGAUUUACGGUAGUUGGAAAAAGUAUCGAAUUAGGUUACUGGUGCAUAGAUGUUUUAAUGUAUUUUCGUUUGAUUUCAAUGUGUAGAAUUCUUUAUCGGGAUAUAAUUGUUUAAUAAUUAUAUUACAUCACUAUCUAAUAUGAAAUUGUAUACAUGUUUGUAUUAUAUUGUGUACAUUAUAAUUAUUUCUAUUAUAUAUAAAUAUAAUUUAUGUAAUUUAAUAAUUGUUACAAUAAUUAUAGAAUUAUAUUGCAAGUGUUGAAUAAUUAUAACUUCGUUUAGAUUUGGAUAAAUCAUAUCUGAUAUUGGUUUUAUAUAUUAAGUAUAAUUAUAAUUUAUGUAUUUUAAUAAUUAUUACAGUGUUUAUGUAAUGAUAUUGUGAUUAAUUGUUUAAUAAUUAUAUCUGACAUUAGAAUUAUUCUUUUAAGUAAACCAAGAAACAUUAAAUAUACUGUA